CGAAGAAAAUUCUAAAAGAAUUAUUAAAAAACCACAAGAGAAAGAUUGGAUCUCAGCAGCAGUAAAAAUACAUGCAUUUGGAGAGCAGCGAUCCCUUGAAGUUCUCUUUGGCGACGCGAAUAGAUUGUUGUUGCUGGCAUUAUUUUCCUUCGAUUUUGAAGUUUUAGAAAUGAACAACGAUUAUUGCAUUUUGGUGGAGUUUGUGAACGAAGAAAAUUCUAUAGCCGUCGGAUACAGAGAUUGGUUGAUAACCAAAUUCUACGACCAAUGUUUACAAAAUGCCAUUGACGAACAAACCAUUGUUCAAAUACGGUGGCCUUUAUGCGAAAAAAAAAGUGCAUUGUCCAUGAAAAGGAUUAUUAAGAAACUACAAGAGAAAAAUUGGAUCUCAGCAGCAGUAAAAAUACAUGCAUUUGGAGAGUGGACAGUUAUGCACAAACAACUUGCCGACCUAGAAAAAUAUAAUAUUGCAAAUCCAUGUAAAGAAGAUCGUAAAAAAGUUAUGAAAAAAUCUUUUAGCGAUAGUGAUUAUGAUAACUCUGAUCAGGAAAAUAAAGUUACGAAGACUAAGAAAAGGAUGGACACUAAAGAUAACUUACGUUGUAUGUCCUCUAAGAUUAAGCAACAAGAUAUUCUAUCUCAACUAAAGACUACUGAUGUCAAUUUAAAGAAUGAUUCAUUCAGUUUGCUGGAUGAAAGUGAUGAAACAUCUUUCACUGAUGACAGUUGCGAAUCUAAAAGUAAAAAGAAUAUAUAUUUGUUAAGCCUACAGGAAAAAAUAAAAAGCUUACGAAAACAAAAUAAACAACUCCAGAAUGAGGUUAAAGCGUUGAAAGACAAAACAUCCAUUACAUUAGAAAAUAAAAUGGAAAACUUGGAUAAAAUGGUGGAUAAAUUAACUAUUAAAAUACAAAACGCUAAUAAGUGUGUCGCAGACCUAAACAAAAACAUACCGGCAAAAGUUUUCCAGAAGCAGCAGUUAUAUCCAAGCGUGACACAUAUAAAAAAUGAAGAUACAUUUCAAAACGAGCAAAUACAAUAUGAUGAUUUUAUUCCUGUUAUAAAUGCAGCAUGAUGAGGCUAUUGAUAUCGAAGAAGAACUCGUAAUGGAUGUGCUAACAGAUUUUUAAAAAGUAAAAGGAGUGAAACAAUGCGAUAAAAUGCAUAACAAAUUUGAAAGAGAUGUGAAGAAAAAUACAUCUGAACCUAAAAUAAAUGAUGGGUUAACAAAUUUUAAAGAAGUAAAAGAACUGAAGCAAUGCGAUAAAAUGCAUGAUAAAUUAGAAAGAGAUAUGAAGAAAGAUACAGCUGAAUCUAAAA